AUGGCAGACGAUACUCCCACUACGAUGACGCAGUGCGAAGACGCGCCAAAUCACCAGUCGCGCAAACUCGAUCACAUGAGCAAGAUAUCUAGUCUUGCGGAAGGACAUGUCUACGCGCUCAAGUACUUCCCUGAAGAGCUACAAGUUCUCUUAAACACCGCAUCGCUCAGAUACCACGAAUGUGCUCCAGGUCGCUUCGGCUCAAUCUUAGGGUGGCCGAAAGACUCUCGACAAGGCUCAGAACCCCAUUCUGCACUUUCGGAACAUCUAGAGAUCCGCUGGGGCGAGAGGGACCGAACCGUAUUGUUGGUCGAUCGCUCGACUCUUUCUAAUAUAGUUGUCGAGUCGCAAACCAUGACCGCCGAUACCGAUAAAGUACUAUCGAGACUGCAGCGCGGGUUUGAGUUCGCGCCACCAUUCUCCUCUAUCCUUACAGUAGUAGAUGAGGAGCACCUCAUAAUGCUGAGCGCCUUCUUCCGUUACUGUCUCUUGUUGCAAGGCUAUGAAACCGCUAUAGAGGGAUUCAAGUACUGUUUUUGGACAUGGUUUGAGAAACUGUGUCGCCAUAUUGCAAAGCAAAUCCUGAUAAUCGACCCGCCAAAAGAUGUUAACGCCUCGACAUUGGUAAAGGCCAACCCAUGCAGGCCUGCAGAUGUGCAUGAGACGAAGUCUGGAUAUUCUCACAGCCAAUUCGAUACUGAUGAACGGACAUAUGAGGACAACAGUAUGGCGUCGGCGAUCGAAGCAGAAGAAGCAUACAUCAGCAACAAAAAUCUUGAUGAAGAGCUGGCAAGAAUGCGGAAGGAACUAGAAGAGUCAAAGAGGGUCUAUGAAGAGCAGCACAAGAAGGUGGAAGUGGAAAAGUCACGGCUAGAUGAGAUACACCUCGCGUGUGUGAACUUCGAAGCCAAGCUGGAAGCACGAGAGAAAGAAGAAGAAGAGUGA